CCCGCCCAGCCCACGUAGCCCCUCCCACUCAGCGACGCCGUGCAGAUGUUCUCCAUCCAGCUCUUGUCUUUCUGUUAACGCGAAUUGAGCCUCACCUGUGGAGCUAAAGGAGCUUGUAGCAUGGCGUACACGGUUGCAGGUGGAACUAAGAAGAAGGUCUGCUACUACUACGACGGUGAUGUUGGAAACUACUAUUAUGGACAAGGACACCCCAUGAAGCCACAUCGGAUCCGCAUGACUCACAACCUCCUCCUGAACUAUGGCCUCUACAGAAAAAUGGAGAUCUAUAGGCCACACAAAGCCACCGCAGACGAGAUGACCAAAUACCACAGUGACGACUACAUCAAGUUCCUCAGAUCCAUACGGCCAGACAACAUGUCCGAGUUCAGCAAGCAGAUGCAGCGCUUCAACGUUGGGGAGGACUGUCCUGUGUUCGAUGGCCUGUUUGAGUUCUGUCAGCUGUCAGCCGGCGGUUCUGCUGCUGGGGCUGUGAAGCUGAACAGGCAGCAGACGGACAUUGCCGUGAACUGGGCGGGGGGACUCCACCACGCCAAGAAGUCUGAGGCUUCGGGCUUCUGCUACGUGAACGACAUUGUGUUGGCCAUCCUGGAGCUCCUCAAGUACCACCAGAGGGUGCUUUACAUCGACAUUGACAUCCACCAUGGAGAUGGAGUGGAGGAGGCCUUCUACACCACUGACAGGGUCAUGACGGUGUCUUUCCAUAAAUACGGAGAGUACUUCCCUGGAACUGGAGACCUCAGGGAUAUUGGAGCUGGAAAAGGCAAAUACUACGCUGUAAACUUUCCCCUGCGGGAUGGGAUUGAUGACGAGUCAUACGAGCAAAUCUUCAAACCCGUGAUGUCAAAGGUGAUGGAGAUGUACCAGCCCAGUGCUGUGGUUCUGCAGUGCGGUUCAGACUCCCUGUCAGGAGACCGCCUCGGAUGCUUCAACCUCACCAUCCGCGGUCAUGCCAAAUGCGUGGAGUACAUCAAGUCCUUCAACCUCCCGUUGCUCAUGCUGGGGGGAGGAGGAUAUACCAUUCGCAAUGUGGCGCGCUGCUGGACUUACGAGACUGCUGUGGCUCUGGACACGGAAAUCCCAGACGAACUGCCUUACAACGACUACUUUGAGUACUUUGGACCCGACUUCAAGCUGCACAUCAGCCCCUCCAACAUGACCAACCAGAACACACAGGAGUACCUGGAUAAGAUCAAGCAGCGCCUGUUCGAGAACCUGCGGAUGCUUCCUCACGCUCCAGGAGUUCAGAUGCAGGCCAUCCCAGAGGACGCCGUCCCAGACGAUCCGCUGGACGAGGACAAGGAGGAUCCCGACAAACGCCUGUCUAUUCGGGCCACGGAUAAGAGGAUAGUCUGCGAGGAGGAGUUCUCCGAUUCAGAGGACGAAGGGGAGGGAGGCCGGAGGAACGUGGCCAGCCACAAGAAGGGAGGCAAGCGGCCCCGCCUGGAGGAGGAAAAGAAGGAGGGAGAGGAGAAGAAAGCUGAUGUAAAGGAAGAGGAGAAGACGAAGGACAGCAACUCAGAGAAAACGGAUUCCAAAAGUGUGAAGACGGAGCAGAGCAGCAGCGCCUGAACCCGGUUCUCCGCCGUGCAGCUCGUCACGGAGAGGCAUUUUAUUUAUUGAGACUCCAUGGUUGGACUCCAAGUCCCUUCCAACAACCACUUUGCAUUUUUUCCAGAACCAUGUGUUUCCAAUGUGCUUGAUCUUCUGAAGGAAACUUGAGCUCUUUUUGUUUUUAGCAAAACUCUGCAGGUGAAACUCCAAUAGAAGUUGUUAAUUUUUGAUAAUUUGCCUUUGUUAAUAAAACUUUUUAUACUGUU